AUGAGCAGCAGGUUUUAUUUCGGCGCCUCCGACUCGGGCAGCGAUCUCUCCGAUGGUGACAACGACGCCAGCACUCUCCCAUUUCCCAAACCUAUCGACCGAUCUGCAUUCCUCGCCCCAGAUUUUGACGCGACAGCAUUUCUCUCCAGCCUGUCAAAUCGCUUCCAGACCCUUGAAGACCUCCAGUCCGAACUCCGUGAGCUGAGCCAAACACUGAACAAGGAGCUCGUCGACCUCGUGAAUGACAACUAUGAGGAUUUCCUGUCUUUGGGAGGGACGUUGUCUGGAGGAGAGGAGAGAAUCGAGGAGAUUAGAGUUGGGCUGCUGGGAUUUCAGCGCGAUGUCAAGAGUGUGAGGGAUCGGGUCGACGAGAGGAGAGAAGAUAUCAAGGGCUUGUUGCAGCAGAAACGCGCUCUACGACAGGAAACCGGCGUAGGGAGAGCGCUGCUGGAGAUCGCCGAACGUCUGGAUGAGUUGGAGGAGAAGAUGGGCGUGGCGAAACAUCGACAGCCGCCAGCAGUGGUCGAGGCUCUGAGGAGCGAAGAUCAAGAGGCGGGCGACUGGAGUGACGACUGGAUCGAGACGACAAACAUGAAUUCAAGUGAUGAUGAAGAUUACGACGAAGGUGACACCCCCAAUGACGACGCAAGAAUCCCUCCCAAGUUACGAAGACAUACAGAACAAUUUCUCAUAAUAAAGCAUCUCGUUGGAAGGCACAGUCCGCAACAUCCCUUCAUCCUGGCUCAAGACACUCGGUUGCGGAAGAUCCAGGAGUUGUUGCUCUCGGAUCUGGAAAGUUCUGUCAAGCGUGAACCUAAUGUCAAGUUUAAGCAGAAGCUGUUACAGAUCAGGGCAGCUGUUGAAGAAUAG